GACACUUUUCUUUUAUGAUACUAUGCACUUUCUUUAGAAUAAAUUUCAGUCACAAAAUUGAUUUUCCAAGUUAAAAAGCUGAUGAAGCCUUUUAAAUAGCUGAAGGUAUGCUUUGAACAAACUUCAGCUCUGUCAAGGGCCUUCAAUUCACUUUGAGGCCUUAGCAACUUGUUUUGGCUAAAGAGAAACAAGAUAAUGGCUGUAGCAAGAGAAGGUGAGACACAGUCCUCACAGUUUGCACCAACUCUUCCAAGCACCAUUGAGCCAUCAUCUGAAGGAUCAAACACCAAAGGGUUCUCCCAAACACUUCAAUCUUUCGGUGAGACAGAGAAAGUACAACUUUCUCAGUUCUCCCAAACACUUCAAACACCAGUGGCUUCUGAGAGAAGGUGCGAUUGGGUACUAAAUGUGCCGGAACCACCAGGCCUGCUAUCCAAUCUGAAGAGUUCAUUCAAGAAAACAGUACUCUGUCCUCUUGAAAACAAGAUUCAAUGCCUUGGAAAGCAUCCUGUUCCUGCAGUAGUUUCGAUUCUCAACGUCAUAUUUCCUCCACUUUCUUGGUGUAAAGAAUAUAAUGUGAAAAAUCUAAAAAGGGACAUCUUGGCUGGCUUAACUCUUGCAAGCCUUUGCAUCCCUCAGAGCAUUGGCUACGCGACUCUCGCGAAACUGGAUCCUCAAUAUGGCCUAUACACAAGUGUUACUCCGCCGCUUAUUUAUGCUAUGAUGGGGAGUUCAAGAGAGAUAGCAAUUGGACCAGUUGCUGUUGUUUCACUACUAUUGUCCUCAAUGGUUCCGAAACUUGAAGAUCCUACUGCUAAUCCAAUUGCAUAUCGAAAGCUCGUGCUUACUGUGACCUUCUUCGCGGGUAUUUUUCAAGCUGCCUUUGGACUACUUAGGUUGGGAUUUCUGGUUGAUUUUCUAUCACAUGCUGCUAUUGUUGGUUUCAUGGCUGGUGCUGCUUGUGUGAUUGGAUUACAACAGCUUAAAUCACUACUUGGGAUUGCAAACUUUACAAACAAGACAGAUAUCAUCUCUGUCUUAACUUCUAUAUGCCAAUCAAUGCAUACUUUGAAUCCUUAUAGCUUUAUAAUUGGGAGUUCAUUUCUGAUCUUCAUCCUUUCUACCAAGUACUAUCUGGCAAGAAAGUACAAGAAACUAUUCUGGUUAGCUGCUACGGCACCACUGUUGUCUGUAAUACUGUCAACACUAGUUGUGUUCUUGACAAGAGCAGAUAAACAUGGAGUUAAGAUAGUGAAGCACAUUACUGGAGGAUUGAACCCAAGUUCAGUCCACGAAUUGCAGUUUAAUAGUCCCCAUACUGCUGAAGCUGCCAAAAUUGGGCUUAUCGUUGCACUUGUCGCCCUCACAGAAGCUAUUGCGGUUGGGCGAUCUUUUGCAACUAUGAAAGGGUACCGUCUUGAUGGAAACAAGGAAAUGCUGGCUAUGGGUGUUAUGAACAUUACAGGAUCAUUAACUUCUAGUUAUGUUGCAACUGGGUCAUUCUCAAGAACAGCAGUGAACUUCAGUGCUGGUUGUGAAACAGCAGUGUCCAACAUCGUGAUGGCUGUAACAGUCCUAAUAUCACUUGAAUUUUUCACUAGGCUAUUGUACUUCACACCGGUAGCCAUUUUGGCUUCCAUUAUUCUCUCCGCUUUGCCUGGGCUCAUCAACUUAAGUGAAGCUAAAUACAUAUGGAAAGUUGACAAGAUGGAUUUUCUUACUUGUGCUGCUGCAUUUCUUGGUGUCCUUUUUGUAUCUGUCGAGAUUGGCCUCCUCCUUGCGGUAGGUAUAUCAUUUGCAAAGAUUAUUCUGAACUCAGUUCAGCCAGGGACAGAAAAACUAGGAAGACUUCCAGGAAGUGAUUUGUUUGGGGAUGUGGAACAAUAUCCAAUAGCUUCAACAACUCCUGGGGCUCUCAUUGUUAGAGUCAAAUCUGCUUUGCUUUGCUUUGCGAAUGCAAACUUCAUUAGGGGAAGGAUAUUGAACUUGGCACUGAAAGAACACGAUGAAGAUGUCGUAGAAAACGGUGAUCAAGAUAGAGUGAAAUUAGUUAUUCUUGACAUGUCAAAUUUGCUUAACAUUGACACAUCCAGCAUAGCUUCUCUUGAAGAACUGCAGAAUGAGCUUGAAUCAAAUGGAAUGCAGUUGGCACUAGCAAACCCAAGGUGGCAUGUGAUCCACAAAUUAAAGUUGGCCAACUUUUUGAAGAAAAUUGAAGGGAGGAUCUUUUUGACUAUUGGAGAAGCCAUCGAGGCAUGUUUGACUAGUAAGAACAUGCUUCCUAUUUGAAAGUUCUUGCUUGAUCUGCCGUUAUUAGAAUACCACAUAUUUGUCUUUGAAGUUGAUGUUUUCAAUGGUGAAACAAUCAAUAAUUGAUUCUCGUACAAUCAGUAAUUGAUUCUCGUUGUGUAUGUAUAUAUUCAAGGGGGCAAUAAAAGGAGCUAAUAAUAUCAUUGUUCCUAUCACCGUAAGAAUGAAUUAAGUUGUGAGUUUCAAUCUGGCUUGAAUUGAACAUUGUUAUUUGUUAUGUUACGUUAUAACAUAUAUGUGUAAGUUUAAAGUGUCAAUUUUUAAUA